AUCAGCCCGGUCCUCCAGUCCAGCGGGUGGCGUCACAGUCUCUCCCGCGCUCUGUGUGGUCCGUGAGUGUUCAGUGUAAAAGAGGAGGAGGCCUGUUUAAUUUCUCGCCCUCUGGUUGCGGAGUACGCGUCCGCUCAGAGUCGCUCGUUUGACAUCGGGCUCAUGUCGAAGGACGGCCGGUACGAUGGGCGCCGUCGCGGCGUGGGUCAGCAGCACCGGCUCGGGCUGAGGUCGGGUCAGAGCGGGGACGGCAGAGACAGAUCGGCCAGUAACAGCUCUGGAUCAUCUCAUGGAGGAGGGAAAGGCAGGAAUACGCCCAUCAACAUCGCCCUAAAGGCCUCUUUCCAGCGGUCCAACAGCCAUGACAAGGUGAGGAAGAUCGUGGCAGAGGAAGGCCGGGCUGCUCGAAACCUCAUCGCAUGGAGCGUCCCAGUGGAGAGCAAGGAGGAAGAGGCUAAAUCAAAGAAUCACGGUAACAGCAAUGCAAGACCUCAACGAAUCAACUCCGGGCUCCACAGGAACAAAAAGCAGAACUCAGCACUGGACUGCAAAAGCGCACCUGGGUCGAUACUGGACAAAGGACCUGAGAAGAGCCCCACCAAGAUUAGACAGCCACGGAAGGUGGACCUCCGAGCACGAUAUUGGGCCUUCCUGUUUGAUAAUCUUCGGAGAGCAGUGGAUGAGAUCUACGUCACCUGUGAAUCCGACCAGAGCGUGGUGGAGUGCAGGGAGGUUCUGAUGAUGUUGGAUAACUACGUCCGAGACUUCAAAGCUCUAAUCGACUGGAUCCAACUACAGGAGAAGCUGGAAAAAACAGACGUUCAGAACAGGCCCACAUCUUUGGCUUGGGAAGUUCGAAAGAUGUCACCAGGGCGACAUGUAAUGUCCAGCCCCUCGUCAGACCGUAUUGUUCCAUCACCUGGCGUUCGCCGUGCCCUCAAUUUUGGGGGUCCCCCUCCCACUCUAGCUGUGGCACGUCUCACCCACACUGGACCAAGCUGGGCUGACCGAGUCAAGUGUUCCCAGUCCCUUUCUGUUCCCAGACCAAGUGUCAACAUCCCUGCUGAAAAACCAGCAAAGAAAGAUGCAGAGGGCUGGGAGACUGUGCAGCGUGGGCGCUCCAUGAGGCCACGCUCCAAUACCAUGGUGGCCAAGGUAAGCCCUGUUCUGGCACAUGUAAGCCCCAAAGAUGACAGCGACAAGGAGAACCAGCGCAUCCAGCCCUCACCCCAGGAAAAAUCUCAGGAGGUGAGGGAGGAAGAGCAACCUGUACCCCAAGAGCAGAGCCAAGAGACGGAAAAGACCUCCGUCAUCGAGCCCCCAGCAGAAAAUAUUGAAGAUCCAGGGCAGAGUUUCAGCGCCCCCUCUGACCCCACGCCACCCCCUACCUCUCCGCUUUCGCUGGCCCUGUGCUCGGUUUUGGAUUCCGAUCCAGAUCCUCCUCCUGUAACCCUUUCCCAACUAGAGGAGCUGGGUACUGGGCAAGCCAAAGUAGAGCAGGGGAUGGAGGGGUCGGUGUGGAAGGUCGCAGCACCACCGGCAAAAGCAGAAACAGCGGUCUACGUUCCCCUGGCAGCGAUGACACUGGAGAGCAUGCUGGACCCCACAGAACUUUCCACCCCCCAAUCCAUGGCUGAAGUUUUGGCUAAGAAGGAAGAGCUGGCCGACCGCCUGGAAAAAGCUAACGAAGAGGCAAUCGCAAGUGCCAUCGCAGAGGAGGAGCAGCUGACGCGGGAGAUCCAAGCGGAGAACAACGAACUGGAGACCGACAACGAAAGUGACUUCUCUGCAAGUAUCGGGAGUGGAAGUUGUGGCUUGAGUUUAGACUGGAGCGAGAUGCUAGCUGAUUAUGACGCUCGAGAGCCCUGGCGUCAGAGCACCUCCUGGGGUGACAUGGUGGAGGAGGAGCCGGCCCGCCCACCGGGACAUGGCAUUCACAUGCACGAGAAGCUGUCCUCUCCUUCACGCAAACGAACCAUUGCAGAGUCGAAGAAAAAACAUGAAGAGAAACAACUUAAAGCCCAGCAGCUCCGAGACAAACUGAGAGAGGAAAAGACCCACAAGCUGCAGAAACUUUUGGAAAGGGAGAAAGAGGUGAGGAAGUGGAAAGAGGAGCUGUUGGAUCAGAGGAGGAGGAUGAUGGAGGAGAAGCUGCUUCAUGCUGAAUUCAAGCGAGAGCUUCAACUCCAGGCCAUUGUGAAGAAAGCACAGGAAGAGGAGGCGAAGGUGAAUGAGAUCGCAUUCAUCAACACUCUGGAAGCCCAGAACAAGAGACACGACGUUCUGGCAAAACUAAACGAAUACGAACAACGGCUUAAUGAGCUGCAGGAGGAACGUCAGCGGAGACAGGAAGAAAAGCAAGCGAGGGAUGAAGCCGUUCAGGAGCGUAAGCGGGCCUUGGAGGCGGAGCGGCAGACACAUGGAGCAGAUCGAGCAGAGCAGGAAGCCAUGGAGGAACUCCAGAAGAAAAUCCAGAUGAAGCAUGACGAGAGCAGCCGUAGACACAUGGAGCAGAUCGAGCAGAGGAAAGAAAAGGCCGCUGAGCUGAGCAGCGGAAGACACGCAAACACAGACUACGCCCCCAAACUCACCCCUUAUGAACGGAAGAAGCAAUGCUCGCUCUGUAACGUUGUGAUCACCUCUGAGGUCCACCUGUUCAGUCACAUUAAGGGGAAGAGGCACCAGCAGGCAGUGCGGGACAGCAGCAGCAUUCAAGGGCGGGAGCUGUCCGACGAGGAGGUGGAACACCUGUCUCAAAAAAAGUACAUCGUAGACAUUGUGACUGACAGCAGCAUGCCCUCCGAAAGUGCAAAAGAGGGAGAAGAGCGGCAGAAAGCUCGGAAAAAGGCCAAGAAGCUGCGGGCACGCAUGAACUCAAGGGCUAAGGAGUAUGAGACAUGCAUGGAAGCCAAGACCCAGACCCCCGACUCUCCGUACAAGGCGAAGCUUCAGCGUCUGGUGAAGGAUCUAGUAAAGCAGCAGCAGGGGCAGGACAGUGGCCAGUGGGCCAGUAACAAAGUGUCUGGCCUGGACAGAACUCUGGGAGAAAUCUCCCGCAUUCUGGAGAAGCAGAAUAAUGCAGAUCAGGAAGCGUUUCAGGUAGGAGGGGGUUUGUCCGCUCUGGAACAGAUCCUACAGGUUGUCACCGCGGCCUCCAGUCCCACUGCAGUCCCACGUAUUCCUCACAAGUCCCUCUGCACUGCCGUGAACACGUAUUACCUGUCCUGCAUACACUGCCACAACAACUGUUCCUAUGUUCUCUACAGCAACAAAAUUACCUUUCUCAUGGACCUUCUCCUCCAUCAGUUAACACUCUUCGUGCCAGAUGAGGACAAGUCCAUCUUUGGCCGCAGUGUCAAUAAGCAGGUCUUUGAGGGUUUGACUACAGGACUUCUGCAGACAGUUGCCACAGCGCUGGGGCAGUUGCACCCACCUAAUUUGGAUGGAGAUGCACCACGUAUAUGCACUCCGGACACCAAGAGCAGACCUGCUGCCAGUGAGAACUUCAACACACGUGCUCAAGAUCUCAUCAGCUAUGUGGUGAACAUGGGCUUGAUCGACAAGCUGUACGGCUGUUUCCUGUACGUGCAAGGACCGAUUGACGAGUGUCCCAAGAUGACUGCCUUUCUCGAGCAAGCCACAGCUUUUCUCCAUGGGAUGUGCAAAUUGUGUUUUGCUGUGACUGGUCGUUCCCUGAGCAUCUUUGACAACAAACGUCAGGACCCCACCAGUUUGACGGCCCUCCUGCAGAGCACCGACCUGGUGGGCGUCCUUCACAUGCUGUACUGCAUCCUGCUCCACAGUGCCCCCCCCGACUCUCUCUCAGCCGGCUCCGUGGGCCCCCAGGAGCCUUACAGCCCCACCGUCAUCCAGGUGGCCCUCCAGGGGCUGCGCUUCCUCAACACCUUCGCCCUGCUGGACCUCUCAGCCUUCCAGUGUGUUUUAGGAGCGGAGGGUCUGUCUCUGGCCUUCAGACACAUUGUGAGUUCUCUGCUGUGGUACUGCUCUCAACACAGCUCCGAGGAGCUGCUCCAUGAGCUCAUCAUCUGCGUCGGCUACUUCACUGUCAACCACCCAGACAACCAGGUGAUUGUGCAGUCUGGCCGCCAGCCCAGCGUGUUGCAGAAACUGUGUCAGCUGCCGUUCCAGUAUUUCAGCCACCCGCGACUCAUCAAAGUGCUCUUCCCCUCGCUCAUCUGCGCCUGCUACAAUAACCUGCAGAACAAGGUCAUCCUGCAACAGGAAAUGAGCUGUGUGCUGCUGGCCACCUUCAUACAGGACUGUGCUACCAAUGAGAACAAAUCGGACAGCAAAGCUUCACAUUCAGAGAAGGGCUGGGCUUCUCUGGACUUCUGCGAGCUCUCCAACCGCUUCCCCAGAGACCAGUGGGAUACUGCACUUCAGUUCUUCCUCAAGAAGCAGCAGGAGGAGUGAGCGAACGAGUGCGCUGCAGUCAUUUACAAGAGCACAUUACACUCACUGAAGAUAAGUCGAAAUGUACACUUGCAGUGCAACGCUGUGCUGGAGGUGUUUAGGGUACGAAUCAUCCACCCUGUCAAUCAGUAGUGAGGCAUUCCUAGUAGUCAUCCAGUAACUAUAUGUUAACAUAUAUAUAUAUUAGCGCGCACUGAAAUCAAACUUGACUUAUCUCACGUGUAUUUAUAAGCAAUCAAAUGUUUACAGAUUUACCUUACAUACAUUUUUGGACACAUUUAUAGUGAUCUUGUGUUUCACAAAAGAGCAAAUCUCUUUCUAAGCUUUCAACAGUUUUUGGAUGGAAGUAUUUUUUGUGUAAAAAAGUUUAAUUGUGAAGUUUGAGUUUGACCAUGUUUUUCUGUAAAUAAAAAGAUAUUGGGGAGUGAUGCAGAAUAAACAGAAGCAUUUGUUUAAUUUCGGGAGAAUGAUGAGUUACCUCAUCCGUUGCUUUUCUUGUUCCAAUUAGUUUCUAUGCAUAAAGAGGAAGAUUUCUUCCUGUAGCUGACGUCAUGAUUUUUAAUAAUUUAGUUGUUGUUGUGAUUCUUUGCUUGUUCACUUUUUUUAUACUGUAAUUAAUACACAGUGAAGUUAUUCUACACAUUUUUCCCUUUUGUUAAUGCAUUGAAGCAUGUAAGUUUAAUUUAAGAAAUGGACGAGUUUAAUAAAAUAUUU